AUGGCUAAGCGAACGAGCAGUAUUGCCGCCAAAAAAAACAAAGAUCCCAAUGUGACAAUUCAAAAAUUCAUUCCGGGACACAUAUUUUCCUAUAAAUCAAUCGACACAGUUAUCAACCGCGAUGACGUAGAGACAACUAGCCCACUGAAUUCGCUGCAACUGCUCGGGCUACCACUUCGCAAUAUGAAAUUGAAAGUUGGCUCAGUCAUCAUCAUAUUGCGUAACCUUAAUCAAGCUCGACUAUGCAAUGGUACGGGACUGGCUGUGAAAAGGGUAAUGAUGAACGUCAUCGAGGCAACGAUCAUCAAGAGUAAAUACAAAGAAGAGGAUGUUUUAAUUCCGCGUGUCUCUAUGAUUCCAACGGACUUGCCAUUCGAUUUUAAGCAGCUUCGAUUCCCCGUGCGUUUGGUCUUUGCGAUGAUCAUAAACAAAUCACAAGGCCAGUCGUUGGAAGUUUGCGGAAUUUACUUGGAGUUGCCGUAUUUCCCGUAUGGAUAA